AUGGCAUCAUCAAGUAUCGACGUUUCGUCCAUUGGACAGACUAAUGGCACCGAGAAUGGCCCAGUUGUUGAACACAUUGAUAACGCAUCUCCGGAAAAAGACGUGGCGGAUGCCCAACUCAAUGGACUUUACAAGGUCAUUGAACAACCUCUCGGCCAGCGUAAACAUAUACGCAUCGCAUGCUUGGGGGCUGGCUACUCGGGACUCAUGAUGGCCAUCAUCUUCAGUCAGAGACUUCAGGGGAAGAACGCCGAAUUUGUCAUCUAUGAGCGAAAUGAAGAUCUCGGUGGCACAUGGCUAGAAAAUAGGUACCCUGGGUGUAAAUGCGAUAUUCCUGCGCACAACUACGCAUAUAGCUUUGCGCCCAAGCCGGACUGGCCAAACUACUAUGCCACAUCUGAACAAAUUCACCAGUACAUGCAUGAUGUUGCCAACCAGUAUGAUUGUGAGAAGUACGUCAAAUACAACCAUAGUAUUCGAUCUGCAGUGUGGGUUGAAGAUAUUUCCAAGUGGCAAAUCACUGUUGAGAAAACAGCCAAGAGACUCACAUUUGUCGAUGAGGUUGAUAUUUUCAUCAACGCCGGCGGCGUUCUCAACAAUUGGAAAUGGCCAACUAUUCCCGGUCUUUCAUCGUUCGAGGGCAACCUGGUUCACUCUGCCAAGUGGGAUACAGAAUAUGACUUCAGCGGAAAACGAGUAGCGCUUAUUGGUAUUGGGUCGUCUGGGAUCCAAAUCGCCCCCCAGCUUGCUAAUAUCAGCGGGUCACUUGAUCUCUUUGUCCGCAGCCAGACUUGGAUUUCUCCAGGACCGGGAAUCAAUGAACCCACGGCCAAUGAUCCCGAGAUGGACGAUGAGUAUAAUUUCUCUGAAGCAGCCCUCGAGCUGUUUAAAGAUCCCCAGUUUCUCCGAGACUAUCGGGCAGCCAUGAUCGAUCGUCGCAAUGUCAACUAUAAACGAUGGUUUACCGAUAGCGAGGAGCAGGCCCAUGCAAUCAACCUCUUCCGUGAAAGCAUGAAACAAAGACUCGGUGAUAGUGAGAAGGGGCGCAAAGCUGCUGAGCUACUCUUGCCUUCCUUUCCGGUCGGAUGCCGAAGACCUACUCCAGGACCCGGCUUUCUGGAAUGUUUGGUCAAAGAUAAUGUUGAGCUAAGAUGGAAUGAUAUCCAGAAAAUCACGUCCAAGGGCAUCUUGACAAAAAAUGGCGAUGAGCGAGAAUACGACGUCAUAGUCUGCGCUACUGGCUUCGAUACCUCGUUCAAGCCGGCUUUCCCCAUAAUCGGGCGAAGGAAUAUCUCCCUCGCGGAGAAAUGGACGACGGAGCUGCCUCGAGCAUACUUUAGUGUUGCUGUUCCCGACUUUCCCAACUACUUUUGCUUCAUCGGACCCAAUACCGUCAUAAACAAUGGCUCAUUGGUCCUCGGAAUCCAGAUGACGGCCGUUUACAUAUAUCGAUGGAUCGAGAAGAUGCAGACCGAACUGCUCAAGUCGAUUGAAGUUAGGCAGGAAGCCAAUGAUGAGUUCAAUGAGCACAUCCAAACAUAUCUGCAAAGGACCGUUUGGACGGGGAAUUGCCGAAGCUGGUAUAAGCACAACGGCGUGGAUGGCCCUGUGACGGCUGUGUAUGGAGGCACUACAUUCCACUAUAUGGAGGCCCUCAAGAACCCGCGGUGGGAAGAUUUUCACAUGGUUCGGGAUCCUGAGGCAAUGAGAAAUCGGUUCGCGUAUUUGGGCAAUGGAUUCACACUAAAUGAGACGAACGGAAAGACUGUCGGUAUAACGCAAACUAUUGACUUGGACGAGUUUCUCGGUUUAUUUGUGCUGCCAAAUACCCAUGGCUAA